GCCGAAAUGGUCUGGAUAUAAAGGUUGGAGUUUCGAGUUGAAGUUGCUUUUAACUUGAAAAGAAUCCUUCGAGGUACAAAGAUGGCACCCCAGUUCGUAUUCUUCAUGAUGGUGACCAUUCUUAUGGCUACAAGCAAGGUCUCCGCAAGGCGAAGAAACUCUAUUCGCACUCGUCCAAGAGAUAGGUUGUGGCAGAACCUAACCAACAACACUACACCAGGACAAUGCGACAAGCGUCCCGUAUUGAUGACCCAAACAUUUGGAACAGUACGCUCCCCAGGGUACCCCCGRGGAUAUGACAACAAYCAACGCUGCACCUGGCAGAUCAGCGUCCCRAGAGGCUUCCGAAUCCGACUCAAAUUCCGUCGUCARUUCGGGAUUGAAUCGUCGUUGGGCUGUGCCAAAGAUUUCGUUAUGGUUGCGCAAUCGAAGAGCUUCAAAAAUCCAUUGAUAUUUUGUGGUAAAAAAAGACCAAGUCAAAUUUAUUCGCCAAGGAAUAAUCUAUGGAUAMGAUUACAGUCGGACCACACACGUACUGCYAARGGCUUCCUGGCAUCGUAUCAAGCAAUUGAUGACAACGAGUGUGACAGACAAGURUGUACAUUCCCAAGUCUUUGUCGCAAUACUGUGGGCAGCUAUGCGUGUGAUUGUCCUGACGGUUAUGAGAAUCGGGGAAGACGUUCGUCAACUAAAUGCAUAGAUACCGAUGAAUGCAAGUCAGGAGUUGCCCGAUGCGAUCACARGUGCAUCAACACAGAUGGGAGUUACUACUGUUUGUGUAGAGCGGGAUUUCAGCUUGCAGCAGAUGGACGCCGAUGCAAAGCAGACGUURACGAGUGCAAGGUGAACAAUGGCGGAUGCAGUCACUUUUGUUCAAAUACGAGAUCGUCAUACCAGUGUCUUUGUCCAAAGGGAUUCACUCUCCAUUCAGACCAAAAAUCCUGUUUUCCAGAAAUUACGUUUGGAAGUGACCAGUACAUGGCCAGCAUCAUGGAAAAUUCACCUCCAGGAACCUUYRUUAAAACCAUCCAMGCAAAAUCUUUCAAAGUUAUCACYGGCCGUUCAAUCCAGUACAAACUCCUUUCAGARAACCUGCAACCUCCGUCAAAGUUUUCAAUCGAUAUWAAUUCGGGAAMAAUUCGUGUGAUCGGCAAGCUAGAUCGUGAAAAGACCGCUAGCUAUCUCCUGGAAGUAUCCGCAGGCUUGUAUCAURGRAAUGGAUCGUUAGGGAUUGGAUCCAAGACAUACGUCAUUGUGAAUGUACUUGACGAGAAUGAUCACGUGCCUCAGUUUGAGAARCCGUCUUUGUUGAUGAAAAUUCCUUGCAACUUUACAGUUGGGAAGAUWUUGUACCGAAUGAACGCAAARGACAAAGAUAUUGGCAACAACGCGAAAAUCAGAUACAAACUCUCAUCGAAAAACUCGUUCUUCAGCAUUUUACCAAACACGGGAAAAAUACGCCUGCGAAAGAGUCUCCGGCGAUUUUGCAAGAGUUCUGACAAGAAGUUCUUGCUUUCCAUCAUGGCACGUGACAAUGGCACURUACCAAAUAUGGCACAGGCUUUUGUUCAACUGGAAGUCACCCCACCUGGAAAGUCACGCUCUGUUAGCGUGAUGCAUGCGCGAUACUUUGAUGUAGGUCAAAAAAAUUCGCAAACCGUUACGCGAAGACAGACACAGAACCCUCGAAAGAACAAGAAGAAAUAAGMAACACCAUAUAAAACUCUUGACCAGGCUCUGUCGAAUAUUUCGUCCGAGUGGAGUCAAAGGAGAUUAGGGACUACACUGAAAGCUUAGUAUUGUAGUAUAUAGUACAUAAUUGAACACUCAUCCCGGAGUCUUUAUUUAAAUUUGUACAAUUUAGAGUCUUUUUAAGCUAGGAAUUUCUAAAAAGGGAGAGUKCUGAGAGUAGAAUGUGUGACGCGUGACAACAUAGGAUGACGUAAGGAGUCUACCGUGACUCUUGAUAACUUUUCGUGGCGAGUAACACAACUGUUGWUCGAACUAAGUCGCGCAAAAUUGUUGCGUGACUCAAGUCGAACUUUCAUCAGUAUGAGCCUCGUUGUCGAUUCAACAGUGAAUGUUUUCUUAAGUAAUAUGUAAGUGUUUAUGACAAACACUUUAAACUAAAAAAAUAUUUUAUAUGGAGAAUAUAGUUUUGUAGAUAAAGAUAUAUGUAUAGCAUUUUUAUAAUAAAUUUUAGAAGCUUGA